UGAUAUGUAUUGGGUGAUCUAACUAAAAUUAAUUUUUAGGGGGAUUUUUCUAAAUAUAAAUGAUUAUAGAGUUACUAUCUGUGGAAUCACGGUCCUUUAUAAAUUGCUAAAAGUUUAUGAAAUAUCAAAUUACUUCCAUUUAUCCGCCAAAAUCAACAAUACGAUUCGAAAUAAUAUAAAUAAUUCACAUAAUAAAAAUUUUUGAGUGUGUAAAUCAGCUAGCUUCAAAAGACCCUACUAAAAAUUGUCAAAAUUUCAUAUACAUUUUUAAAUGCAUAUAACUAAAAUUAAACCACGUUUCCAAUCAAACAAAAAGAAGAAAAGGAUAAGAG